AUGGUGUACACCAUCGUCGUUCAUCUUUACGCCAAGGAGGGCAAGGAGGUCGAGGAGAAGCUGCGCAACAAGUUGAUUGAAGCCUCGCAGGUGUAUUCCAAGGACAUCGAGACCAUUGGCUGGCACGUGAUGCAAGACCACCAGGAUCCACGCAAGUGGUGCAUCGUCGAGCGUUACGAGCAUGAGAGCAGUCAGAAGUACCACCUGGAAAACCCGUACUGGAAGACAUUUGACCCGUACGUCAUCCCGCUGCUGGACAAGCCGAUGGACCUGCGCCGUUUCAACGAGCUGGACACGAGCAAGCCCGUGCACGUCGAGUAA